UGUCAUAAAAUUGUAGCAUAACUAUUUGCAGUUCUUUCUUUGACUUUCAUUAUCACCUUCUUUUGUCUUAAAAUUUGCUCUCAUUGUUUGGGAACUGAAAUUUCACUCCGAUCAAAACAAAUUCGAGCAGUUAAGAUGGAGAAAAACCAGCGUGGACAAGCAGGAAAAGGAAUUGUUCCAGGUGCAGCACAAGAAGGUGAAGGCAUGAACCAGUAUCAUGCAUCCAACCCUCCAACUCAGACCGUUGGUGUGCCUGUGGCUUCAGCCUAUGGUGGAGGGUAUCGCAAUGAUGGGCAAGGUAUACAGGAGAAGAAGCGAGAAGAGUUGCAGCAACGGGUAAAAACGUUCUGGGAAAGACAGAUGAAGGAAAUUUCGGAGAACCCUGAUUUGAAGAGUCAAUUGCCUCUGACGAGGAUUAAGAAGAUCAUGAAGUUUGAUGAUGAUGUGAAGAUGGUAUCAAGUGAGGCUACUAUGCUGUUAGGGAAGGCCUGUGAACUGUUCAUAAUGGAGCUGACAAUGAGGUCUUGGGCUCACGUGGAGGAUGAUAGGAGGAAGAUAAUUCAGCAGACUGAUGUUGCAUCUGCAAUCUCAAUUAAUGAGAUGUUUGAUUUUCUUGUUGAUGUUCUUCCUGGGGAUGACACAGUCCCAGCCAUGGCGGGACCUCAUCAAGUGCUUCCAACGCCAAAUCAGAAUACUCCUUACCCUUAUCUGUCAUUUCCACCACCACCAUAUGCUGCUCCUGGGAAUGCUUCUUCUUCAUCCGCUGCAAAUCCACCCAAUUCCAACUUCAAUCCCAUCCCAGAUCAACAACACCCUUCCAAUACCGAGGAUCAUUGAACAAAUAAAAGCUACCAAGUGAAGACAGUGCUCAUUAAGGAUAAUUUUAUGGUCUGUAUCUUCGACUUUAAAUGAACCUUUCUCUUUCCCUUUCCAGUUCAAUUUCUAUCAGUACUUUUGAUUUCAAUUAAAUAAAACGUAUCAAACUCUUUUCG